AUGACCGCAGGAGAAAACCCUUUUGUCUCUGACACCUCUUCUCUACAAAACCAGCUUAAAGAAAAAGAGAAAGAGCUUUUGGCUGCCAAAGCUGAAAUUGAGGCUUUGAGAACAAAUGAAGAGCUCAAAGACAGAGCCUUUGGGGAGCUUAGAGAAAACGUGAGGAAGUUGGAGGAGAGACUUGGAGCCACUAACAAUCUUGUUGAACAAAAGGAGGUGGAGAUGAAGAAGCUGGAAGAAGAGAAGGAAUAUGCACUGGCGGGACAGGACGCUGCAGAGGAAGCACUGAGGAGGGUUUACACUCACAAUCAGGAUGAUGAUGAUGACUCGCUACCCCUCGAAUCCAUCAUAGCUCCUCUUGAAGCUGAGAUCAAGUUUCACAAGCAUCAGAUUUCUGCGUUGCAAGAGGACAAUAAAGCGUUGGAACGGCUGACAAAAUCAAAAGAAUCGGCGCUUCUUGAAGCAGAGGGAAUCUUGAGAAGUGCCCUUGAACGUGCUUUGAUCGUUGAGGAGGUCCAGAACCACAACUUUGAACUUCGAAGACAGAUUGAGAUCUGCCAGGAAGAGUACAAGUUUCUUGAGAAAAUAAACCGCCACAAAGCGUUGGAGAUCGAGAAGCUCUCUCAAACCAUUGGAGAACUGGAGGAAGCAAUCUUGGCAGGAGGAACAGCUGCCAAUGCAGUUCGAGACUAUCGCCGCCAAAUCUCCCAGCUCAAUGAAGAGAAGAGAACCUUGGAGAGGGAGCUGGCAAGAGUCAAAGUGUCAGCAAGUAGAGUGGCUCUUGCCGUUGCCAACGAAUGGAAAGAUGAGAACGAUAGAGUAAUGCCCGUAAAGCAAUGGCUUGAAGAGAGAAGGCUUCUCCAUGGAGAAAUGCAGAAAUUGAAAGAUAAACUUGCGGUUUCCGAGAGAACAGCUAAGGCGGAAUCCCAGCUCAAGGAGAGGUUGAAGCUGAGGCUGAAAACCAUAGAAGAUGGCUUGAAGGGCCAAAACAAUACAAAGACUGAAAAGUCUGGCAAGAUUUUAGGAUUCUUGACCAGUGGUGGUGGUGGAUCCAAGAAAAGGUCUAUUUCUCAGCCACGAGGCAGAAUCUAUGCUCUGAAUCAGUCAAUCAACAGAGUUGAAGAAAGUGAUGGAAAAGAGAACUCAGAGAUUACAGCAAACGGAUUAAUUGAAGAAGAUGGCAAAAGGAAAGCUGAAGAAGAUGGAAAUGUGGAUUCUGAAGAUACGGUUUCAGGGUUUUUGUAUGACAGGCUUCAGAAGGAAGUAAUUGCUCUAAGGAAGAUUUGUGAUAGUAAAGACUCUACUAUAAUUGCCAAAAAUGAAGAAAUCAAGAUGCUGUUGAAGAAGGUGGAUGCUCUCACAAAAGCCAUUGAAGUGGAGACAAAGAAGGCAAAGAGGGAAGCUGCAGCGAGAGAGAAGGAAAUCGCCUUGGCAAUGUUGAAUCAACAGUCAAAACAAUGUAGAAAGACAACAAACUUACCGACAAGCCGCGUACCCAAUUCACGCGUCCAGUAG